GAUCUAAAUAAACUGCUUCUUCCACACAUUAUGAAAUGAAAUAUUUUAUUUUACAGUUGAAUUUAUUUGUUUAUCUGUGGAUAUUAUAUUUCCUGGUGAUAUUUGGUAAAAGAAUGAACAAAGUCGUCAGCAAUUGUAUAAAGAGGGAUUACGAAUUUCAUCAACUAAAGCGUAACUAAAAAAAUGCAAAACUGUGCCGAAGAAAUCACCAUAUGUAUGAACUGGCCGUUAAAAACUUUUUAUUUUAUCUUGUAAAUGUUAUUUGGCUUCGACCAAAUGUGCUGCCUUCCCAUUUUUCCUAUUAAAGAGUAUGGUCACAAGUCCAUUUCUUUAAAUUCUUCAAAGGUUUUGUUACCUUCACGUAAUGACAAUAGUUUGCAUACUAAAUCAAGAAAACGAUUAGUUUUACUACCCAGAUUCCGUGAUAUGAAUGACCGUAACCACUACCCUCAGCAAGUGUCAGACGAUCAAGCCAGCUCUGACAGGAGCGAGUUCGCAUUCUCAAGUGGUGCAUCACUUCCGGCAAAUGAUAACUCUGCCUCAAGAUAUGUUUUUGGUGGACGUGAACAUACGUCACAUCGACUUAACGGAUACGGUGAAAACAGGCUGAAUACAAAUGUCAGUCAAGCUCAACAAAGCAGACAGGGAAAUGAAGUUCAGUCAUCAACAAUAAGAAAUAACAUUUCAAACAACCCUGUCAUUACGAGGCCUCCCAGGCACCCCGACUAUGUCGAUAGAAGCGAAAGACUUCGAUCUUAUGCUAGGUGGAGGCAUAGAAAACCUGAUCCACAAACAUUGACCAAUGCUGGAUUCUUCUAUACAAAUGAUGCAGAUCUAGUAAGAUGUUAUCAAUGUGGAAUAGGGUUGAAGGACUUCUGCGAGGAAGAUAACCCGUUACACGAGCACGUGAAACAUUCCGGUGACUGCCCGUAUUUACUAGAGUAUCUGGGAGCGAGCCAGUUAGCUGCUAUAAGAAGACAGCUACAAUCCCAGGACCCAGAAUUCAACAGAAGAAUACAAUGGAGUGAGAGACACAGAUAUGAUCCAGCAAACGCUGUGUACCGUCACCCUGAAUUCCAGACGUUUGAGGCACGCCUGGGGUCUUUCACUAAUUGGCCACCACAUAUGAUACAGACCCCUCAUCAAUUAGCAGAGGCUGGACUUUAUCACACAGGACAUGAAGACCGAGUACGUUGUUUCGCCUGUGAUGGCGGACUACAACACUGGGAUCCAGAAGAUGAUCCAUGGACCGAACACUGUCGAUGGUUUCCAGCUUGUCCCUUUGCCAGAACCCAGAAAGGCGAUGAUUUCAUCGCAGCCAUUCAGGCAGCCAUCGCCAUGGAAAAUCAGGAGAAUAUUACUGGAAAUGGUAUUUCGGCUACUCUAGAGCGAAUGGAAAUACGAGAUCCGGAAUUACAAGCUGCAAUAAAUGAACUUAAAGAUGCUUGUAAAGAAAUGGGAUACCCAACUGAAGAAAUCGAUGAAGCUAUCAAGGAAUUACGGGAGAGAGGAACAAGAAAACCUACAGUUGAGGAGAUAAUUGAUGUAAUUGAAGUAAUUAAAAGAAGGAAAACUCAAAAUGAAGUUUUACAGGCUGUAGCAAAUGAGACACCUGCCGAAGAAAAUCAGCGUCUAAAGAAGAUCAUACUUUGUAUGGAAUGUGGUCAGAACGAGACAAAUUGUCUCUUCCUACCAUGUACUCACCAUCGUUUAUGCAUGGAGUGUGCAGCACCGCUGUCGAAAUGUAUAGUAUGUGAUAAAAAUAUCCGUCAGAAGAUUCGAACCUUCAUGGCGUAAAGAUACCAAUUAAGAUGAUAUCAGAGUUUCUGUAACUUAGAUUGGGCCGACAUAUAAUAUAAUCGUCUACUAAUACAUGUACAUCAUUGCUUCUUCAGCACACUGGUUUAUGAGCACAUUUUUCAUGGAUGAUUGAUUCUCGUAAACAUUUUCUACAGUUCCAAAGUGAUUUAUCUGAUCAAAGAGGAAUUAUUUACACCUGUGUUUGUUUUAAUCUCUUCAAAAAUGAAGACUCUUCGAUGAAAACAAUUCUACAUAAAUCUUUUCAUCUUCAAGACGGAGUGUUGAAGAAUGAUGAGCUGUCCUGAAUUAUAUUGAUGAGGAGCAGACAUUUUCUAUCUCAGUAUGUGCGGUGUACUUGGUGUUACAAGUAGCUAUAUUUAGAAACAUUUUUUUCAGAGCAAGUUGUCAACUGCACUAUUAUGUUUGACUUUUUAACAGUAUGCUCAUCUAGAUAACAUUCAUGAAUUGCUUGAAAAGUUCAGUAUGGUUUUUUAUGUCAUUUUUCAACCAAUCAAAAAGUGUUACUUUCAAUUUUGAAAUUCCCCAUGGUAACAGAAUAACUUUUGAUCUUAUAGGCAUUUUAUAAUGUUGUAAUAAGAGAGGUGCUUACCGCAUGAUGAAAAUAUCGCUGUAUGUAAAAUAAUUUGUUAAAAAAGGCAGCAAAAAUGUAAAUGAAGUGGUAUUUUUACUUUUAACUUCAAUGCUGUACAAAAAACUUUGAUAAUUCUAAAUUGAAUUGUAGUUACAUAUUUUGAUAAUGAAAAUGUAUGUUAUUGAAUUAGGUCUAUAUGAGUAUACAUGUAUAAGGUAAAUGUAGAGCUGUCCUGUACACCUUAUUGUUGGUGUCCAGAUUUCAGAUCAAAGUUUUUUUCACUAUAAUUAUGAUAUUAUGUACAAGAAAGUCUUUCUUGCUUAUUAAUGAAACCAUUUACUUCAAACAUGAACUUGUGGUAUUUUAUUGUCACCUUCAUUCAUAUGACUAGGUUUAAUAACCAUUGUGCCUAUAUUUCAAGAGUUAUCUUUCCUUUUAACUUUAAUGUAAAUUUGUAUUAUCCAUCUUUAGUAUUGAAGGGAAUUACUUUUAAAAAAAUAAAUAUUUUUUUUCAUUAUUAACAUUGAAUGUCUCAAUAUUCAUUAUUCUGGCAUUUCAAGAGUUUCUUCCCCUUUUACUUUGAAUUUCAUGUAAAGUGUUGCAUGCUAUAUUUUUUAUCUCUGAAAUUUCCUACUUCAAACUUUAGUCAUUCUUUAUUAUCUAUCAACUAAAAUUUGACAAGCUUCUGUAUUUCUUGCCUCUAUAUUUCAAGAAUUAUCUCCCAUUUUGACCUUUAAUUUUCUGAUACAUGCACGCACAUGUUUGUGUUUUAUGUUUGUGUUUUCUUUCUUUAAAACUUGAAUAAAUUUCUUCAAACUUGAAAUUAUUUAAUUAUACCAUUAUUUAAAGAAAAAUCAUCCUGUUGAACUUAAUUUUCUUGUUUACAACCCAUGAAGCCCUCUCUUUUUGAAUGUACAAACUUUAAUUGAAGACAAAAUUGUUCCUGAUCAAUGACAUAACAUAUGACAAGAUUAACUCUGGCAUCUUUAUUGAAAGAAAUAUCCCCCUUUUUUAAUUCAAAAUUAGAAUGAGUUAAUUGCAUGUGACAAUGUUCAAAACAUUGAAUAUGUUUUUUAAACCUGAUUCCUGGCACUUAGAAAUUUAAGACCUACCUGAUUCUAAUUAAGUAAUCUAUAUUAAGAUAUUUAUGUUUCACACAUCACUGAUUUUUUUUCUUGGUGAUGCCUUAUUGUAUUAUCCAGUAUUCAAAUAGUCGGGUGUGCUGUCUGUCUGUCUGUCUGUCUUUGUGAUAGAUAUUAAAGGAUAUAAAGUUAUAACUUGGGACGUGUAUUAUGAAAAUACCAAAAAUUAUUAAUUAUACUGGAAUGUUUAUAUUUUAUUUAGAUAUUAUAGUGUUUUACAAUCAGAUAUCUCUGUUACUUUUUAUUGAAUGUUAAAAUGAAUCCUGCAGUGUUGAUUUUUUUACAUUAAAUAUCAAUAUUAUUUUAGAAAUGAUACAAAAUAUUCAACUUCUAUCAGUGAUUUUUCUCGCUUAAUUGGGAAGAGGCCUUAGCCUCUUGAUUUUGGGAAAAAUUAUUGCUAAAAUUGCUGAUUUGGGAAGAAAAAAGCAGGUUUAAGUCCAGAUUUUUGGGAAAACUGCAAGAUUUUAAAGAAAUUUUCUAUUGGGAAGAAGCUUUUUUUCGGAGUCUGAUUUAUAAGUAGGAAAGUCACUGUCAAUUUAAGUACUAUUAAUUACUAUUUCGCUUAUGUGCCUUUUCGUUUAUCAGAAAUUCUCAAACAUUACUAUAUUGUAUUUAUAUAUGACUUAUCAAAUUGAAGAUACAAACAUAUUUUCUACUACUACUAAUUACAUUAUAACAGACAGCUUGAAUUUAGCUUUAUACCCUUUAGAAAUAAAAGGAAUAUCUGUUAUGACUAAAAUAUGGGGAAUGAUAGGGUUUCUGUAAAAUCUGUAAAACUGAGUUAUAAAAAGGAUUUUAUUGUCUAAAAAAAUGAACUUGUUAUAUGUGUGGUGAACUGAAACAGAAGCUGACACAUGCAAGUUAAUUUGUGGGCAAAUAAUUAAAAAUUAAAACGUUUUUUUCUGAAAAGAAAAGACAUAAGUGGGCCAUAAUUUGGGCGCCUCCCCGUGGUUUGGCCCGGAUGUAAUUUGACACAUAGAAAUUAAGUACAUAGAAAUAUGUGUACAUCUAUUUGUUUAUAUUUUCCAUACGUAUACAUGUAAUGUACACUUACUAAAAUUUGUUGUACACUUAUUUUUUAAAUAAUGUACAUUUACUGAAAUAUGUGUACACUUUUUUUUCUUAUAUAAUCUGCACUUAAUAAGUGUCAAUAUACAACAAAAAGCUCAUAUGAGUAUAUGUGUUAAAUAACGUAACAUACAUUUUCAUUGUCUGAUAUAUCACUUUUUCUGCAUGUGAAACUGUUUGGUUAUUUUAUACUUAACAUUAUUUCUUCACUGAAAUGUUCAUAGAUUAUUUACUAUAAUACAUGUAUAGAUUCAAAACCUACAUGUAUUUGUUACGUAGUCUCCGGUUGCACAUUGGAAAUCCAUAUGUUUGUUAUUUCGUAUGUUCUUUAUAAAAUAAAGGGACUGGUAAAUAUGAUGACAAAAAAUCUGAUACUGUUGCAUGUACAAACAUGUUAUUUUCAUACUUCCAUGUUGAACUUUAAGAAUGUCA